GUGAGUGAGGAAAGCGCCGAGGCGACCGCUCGCCCGGCAGCCGUGAUGUCACGACGUGGCCGGGACCAGGGCCGUGACGCCACCGCGGAACCCGAGGCGGGCGUGACGUCGCCUCCCCAGCCGGGCCGCUUUCCCGAGGCCCCGCCCCUCCCGCCGUGCCCGGCGGCCGGAAGUCGCGCGCGGCGUAGGCAGACGUGUCGGAUGAUCACGGACGUGCAGCUCGCCAUCUUCGCCAACAUGCUGGGCGUCUCGCUCUUCCUCCUCGUCGUCCUCUACCACUACGUGGCCGUCAACAACCCCAAGAAGCAGGAGUGAGGGCACCCGCGGGCCGCAACGAGCUGAGCCGCACCGUGCCAUGGCGGAGCAGGGCCUGGCCGAGCACGGCCCCUCGCCCGGAGCAUGGCGGUGCCCGCCGCGGUGCCGCGCUGAGGCGGGAGGCCGUGCUUCUUC